AUGCGGGGGGGAGGAGGCGUGGCUCCGGGAGGUGAGGUGAGCAGCGGGGCCGGGCGGAGCCGGGCGCGGUCGGCGCGGGGCUCAGGGGUGAAAGCAACGCGCGCGGGCGGCAGAGGCGAGGCGCGGCGGGAGCGGGUCGAGGCAGAGGAGGAGCGCAUGUCCGCCGCGGCGAGCGCGCGCAGGCACGUGGUGACCGUGAGGGACGGGGAUAGAGGAGGGGCGCGUGCUCACGGUGGCCGUAGGGGAGUGGCAGUGGGGCGCGGGGAGGAGGACGGGGACAACGGCGACGAUGGCGGAGACGGGGAGGCAGUCCAGCGAGGUGGCGGUCCAGCGAGGUGGUCUCCGGCGACGGCGUCGAGCGGCGGGGGCGGAGUCGGGCGUCGAGGGCGCGGGAUCGAUCCCGAUCCAGAUCGGAUCGAGAGUGGGGAGUGA